ACGUGUCACAACAAGGAGCUCAAACCUGGUCAAAAUGAUCUUCUCACGUGCGACGCACGUGCUUCUUAUCGUUCGCCCGUUGCGUCGGUCGAGCAAUCUUCGACUCCGGGAGUGCGGGAGACUGACUCUCCUCCGUCUUCGGUUCGGCUUCACGAGCUUCCACUCAUCGCGGGCGGCGUUGACAGAGAUCUGUAGCGAUGGCUUUUCUUCUUCCUCUGCGUGGAAGCUCGAACGUCGGAGUUCUGUCCAGAGACGGACCGGUUUCGCUGGCGGAUGCCUCAGCUCUUCCGUCGUUGCGCCGUAAUUUGAGAGCACCAGCAGGAUGGUCUUCUGUAAGAAGCUUUUAUGUGGAGAGACAUUCUUUUUCCUCCAGAAGUGGAUUGGACAGGAUGAUGCCUAAGAGGACGAUUUUUACAAUUCCCAGAAGUGGUGGUUCCCCAAACUCUAGCAAUACCAGUGAGGGUUCCUCUGAUCAGGGCAAGGCUCCUUUUGGAUACACCAGGAAGGACGUUCUAUUGAUUGGAGUUGGAGUCACUGUUCUCGGCAUUGGCUUAAAAAGUGGAUUGGAGUUUGCUGGAGUUGAUCCUCUACAAGCGGGGAAUGUUGUCCAGCUAGUGCUGGUAUUGGGAUUAACUGUCGGAUGGAUAUCCACUUACAUAUUUAGGGUUUCAAACAAGGAAAUGACAUAUGCUCAGCAACUACGUGACUAUGAAAACAAGGUCAUGGAGAAGCGCAUAGAGAGCUUGACGGAAGCUGAGCUUGAAGCUUUGCUGGAACAAGUGGAGGAAGAGAAGACACGCUUAGCGAGCGGUGAGCAAGUCAACUGAAGCGCGCACGCCAUCUGUAUAUAAGUACAGCAUCAUGUCUUGCGCCCUACCUAUGUAAUGUGUAGUGAAAGGUACCUAAAGAUUGUAGCUCACACACCGUUGAUUUCCCUAGUGCUUUUUCUUCGCAAAGAAGCCUACUUUUGGUGGUCCAUAAAUCCAACUUAGUGCCAACUUCAAACUGCCAGUAACCCAGAAGAUAGAAACAGAACCAGACGAACCCCCAACACUCAAAACGAGGGAAGCAAGAUGAGGUUCUUUUCUCUUCUGUAGGGCCAAAUGUGAAACAAAGGAAAAAAACAGCCACAGUUGCAGACCCUGGAAGUUUGCGACUCUUAUUGAAUGCGCCUAUGUUUGUGUGGCAGUGUUUGAGCCCGCUGAUGAAGCAAAAAUGGUCCCAAUGUCUCAGUCUCAUUGCGUGCACAACGAAUUAACGACAACAAAGUUUGAGAGGCGCAAGCAAACGGUCCUUUUCCCAUUUUUUGCGUUUGGACCCGGAAAUGACGAUAGCGAUCCAAGAAUGGAGCAAUGACAAGUGCCCAUCGUCGUAUGUUCACCCCCCUUUUUUAAUCAAUCCAUCAUCGUUGAUUCGAGGUCCUUUCCUGCUGAUAAAAUCCAUGGAGAGGGCAGGCAGGAUCACAGAAGUUUCUUCCCCUAAUGCCACCGAAAUAGUCAAUAGUGAGAGCUACUAAUAAGUAGACCCGUUAUGGAAAAAGAAGAGAGAGAUGUUACGUUUAAAAAGCAAUAGUAAUGCCGACAUGUUGUGCGAGUGAAGUACUGUUUUGCAAUCACAAAGCGAUGAAUUGAAAAGUGACAUCUCAAAAUCUCUUUGACUGAGUACAUGUUAUCUGAACUUAUAUCAAGCAUUCAAUCAAUUAAAUCUCUUUCUUUCAA